AUGUCUAAUGAUAUUCAUUUGAGAAAUGCAGAGAUAAUGUUAGUGGGAAACAAAGUUAUGUACCAAAUGGGUGACUAUAUUCACGGCAAACUAAUCAUAUCACUCAACGGUCGACUAUCACUAUCACGAGUCAAACUAAGACUCACAUGUGUUGCUACCAUCAAACCGGUCGACAACUCUAUGUAUCAAAAGGAGGGCAAAGUAUGUAUGGAUAAGAAUCUGUAUAAACAUGUAUUUCUCGAUCAUACCUAUGAACUACCGGAGCAAAUUUGUGCAACAACUUUACAACCGGGAAAUCAUGAAAUACCCUUUAAAUUUCAACUCCCAGAAAGUGGGAUUCCGUCGUCUUUUGAGAGUAUUUAUGGAUGUAUUUGUUAUUUCAUUGAAUACAUAAUCGGAGAAUCAGACAGAUCUCAUAGGUCUGGCUGUGAAAUUAUAGUGGAGGCGCCCGUUAAGGAUAACCUAUAUUUAUCUGUAGGCGGAAGUACUGAAAAGGAUUUGGGUAUAUUGUGUUUGGGCUCCGGGAAAAUAUCACUGUCCACUCACAUCAAUAAAAAAGGUUUUUUGGCAGGUGAAUCAUUAGAUAUUCAUUGUUUUAUUGACAACUUGUCUACAGUUAGUGUGACUCCCAGAGCAACACUAUAUCAAACCCAGAUUUUCAUGACUGGAGACAAACAUAAAACUAUUGAAAUACAACUAUCGGAACCAAUUCUGGGUUCAGUUAUCAAUGCGGGACAUAAACAACAAGAGAUUCUUAAAAUUAAAAUACCGGAAAAAACAAUAUUAACAAUGAAAUCAUCGUUAAUUACAGUGAAAUACUUCAUUCACUUGACUCUUGACAUUCCCUAUACUAUUGAUUUACAUUUAAAUCUGCCGAUUGUGAUCACUAAUAAAUAUGCAUUAACUUAG